GGUGGCUGUCCCCGCCCAUCCGGCUGCUCGCAGUCAAGUGCUGGCCGAGAUGGAGGGAGCGCGCUCCCGCGAGAUGCUGCAGCUGUACUGAUCGCGAGUGACCAUUUGACAAUGGUGGUCCCUGAAAAUCCUGUUAUCCAGCAUGAUCAUACGAUAGGGGCCAACAGCAGUAUGGAUACAGAAGCUGAAUCAGACUACAGUCCUGACCUGAAUGAAGUGCGCAAGCUUCAGGAACUGGUUAGAAGACUGGAAAUUCAGAACCAGCAGCUGAGGAUAAAGAAGACUCCACAGAGCGGCAAUCACACCGGUGUUGAUAAUCACCUCUCUACAAUUCAUUGUACCGGCGUCAUGAACAGCAUGAACAUCCAGCCUGACAUUGGAGACCUGGAGAUCAUCCCCAACCUGCACUCUAAGCUGGAUCCCAGUCACUUGGAAAAAGAAAACAUCCCUCGUAUAAGGAUGGACUCACAGGUGCAGUACGAGAAGGUGUGUGCUGACUCGAAGCUCGCCAGUAAGGGAGGGAAUCACUGUGAUAUGGACGAUAGCUCUUUCUUCAGCCUGGACGUCAGCGGCAAAACGGAGCAGGAGGACAGCUCUGGCAGUAUGUCUGAACAAGGCUCCAGCGGGGUUUGUGGGGAUCUUCUGGAUGAGACGGCCCUCGGUGAGGUUGAUGUUCUGGAGCUGGAUUCAUGCAGUGAGGACGAGGAGGACUGCUGGCUUUACAUUUCUCCAAAGAAACAUGCAAAGGAAGAGCAGGAAACGGAUUCUCCCUUAAAAUGGUGCCGGCAAGUGCUGGAUCACCACAGUCCGGAGACGGAGGCUGCUUGUCGGACUUUAAUUGGCAAGCUCGAUCAAGCGAGUAGAUGGAAAAGCCUUUACUGCAGUCCGCUGGCAUCACCAAGUGCAUAUAGCGCCAACAAUGAGAGCGGCAGUUGUAGCAAUACACUAAAUUCACCUGGGUGCCUCAAAUCCACUAACAAAGCACUACUAACCUGUGGCAGCUCAGGUCACUUGGGUGCUCAUUCUACAUUCAGCUCUCAGUCGUCUGUGGACAGUGAACUGAGCACAUCAGACGAUUCCAUAUCUAUGGGCUACAAGCUCCAGGACUUGACUGAUGUGCAGGUUAUGGCCAGACUGCAAGAGGAAAGUCUCAGGCAGGACUACGCCUCCAGCUCCGCGUCUGUUUCUAGGCGCAGUUCCAGCGCUUCCGUCCACUCUCUGAGAAGAGGAACAUUCAGCGAUCAGGAAUUCGACACCUACAGUCUGGAGGAUGAAGAUGACUACGACGGUUCUUUGUCUUUCCGCAGCGCACACCGCUAUUCCCCUUCACCUCUCAGUUCACCUCGAUGCCAGUCACCCUCCACAGUGGGGGGAAGCUGCGCUUCCCGAAUUAGACCUCCUCGCAGAUCUAUGCAAAAUCAUGGGCAGGAGCGGAUGAAGUACCCAAGUUGUGAAGAUGACUUGCGGCACAGCAUGCCUAAUCUUGCAAAAACCAGUUUACGUUCGCUGGAAGCAGUGAGAAGCAGCCGGAGCUUGGAAUCCGAUCUCCAGGGGCCGAGCAGCCGACUGAGCAGGAUUCAGCAGCCCUCCGCUAGUAAUGCACCAAGUAAACUGAGGUACAGCUCCGGCCAGCCAGCAGCAGCUCUCCGUCAACCAAUUAAAACAGGUUUAAGCACAAGUUCCCUCCUGAACUCAAAGCAGCCAAUAAAAUCAUCUGGUUACAAUAGUACAAGCAGUCUUCGUAAAAUGCAAUCUUCACCUGGCUUAAUUCCAGCCAUCCCUGGUGCUGUUUCUAGAACUGGAAACAAUCCACCCACCAUGAAGCACUCGGGUGGAAAAGCUCAGUCCCCUGCAGGGAACGCAACUCCCAAAAGCAAGAUGAUGCAACCAUCUAGAAGAUCUCUUUCCUCAAAGUCAAACACACUGGGAAAUGACGACUCCUGGAAAGAAGGAUGUUAUUAAAUCUCCCCAAAGAUGAGUUGCUUUUCCCUAAUCUGUCCAGCGGGCUGGACUUCAACAAUGUUUCAGAGGAAAGAAUAAAAGAAAAAAAAAAAAUCUUGCUUGCCAUAUUGGAAGAAGCACCCCGUGUCUUUGAUAUAGUUUACCUUUUUUCACAACAGAACUCCAAAAUGAAAAUGUUUUGUGUUGUCGUAGCAAAGACAUCUGUUUGCACCAAAAACACUUGAGCCAUCGGUUAAAGAGGGAGAAAACGUGUAGAUUUGUGUCUCCACAGACUUUUUUUGCACUGUUAGAUUUAAAGUGUACCAGGUGAUAUCUAUUGCAGGUAUCCAUUUUGUAUGUAGAAACAAUAGUAACUCUGGUGGAACUACUGCG